AACGUGAAAGUGGCAGCUUGGGCCAGUCGCUCAGAUGCGGCGUUAGUAGUUACGUGGGAGGGGUGUCAAUUUGUGGUUGUAGUACGUAAACAGUGUUUGUUGUGUGUACGUACGGAUUUGUUUACAAUACAUGAGAGAAGACAGAGUAAUGCAGAACAGCGGUGACUACAGAGUGAUCAGUUUGUGCUUUGAGUCUCUCGUUUUCGGGACAGUUUAAUCUGUGUUAACAGAGCUCGUCGUGUGCGACGUUUUGAGCCCUUGCUUAAUACCUUCAGGAGUGUAGAAAGUUGGCUUGGUUUAAGAAAAAUCUGUCGUAUAACAAUGCCAUAUACAAAAAUGAAAUCAAAAACAGAUUGACCCGACGUUCAAAAUUGAAAUGAUUUCAGUUUCCGGAGAUAUGUGACGCAAAGUCAGUUUCUUGAAAGGAAAAGUGUUAAAGAGUGCUUGUGGUACCUAUAAUGGGAGAAGAACGCUUAGUAACAGAGGUACCAGAUAGUCUGAAGAAGCUGGCAAGAAAAGUUGUUAGAGGUUUUUAUACAAUAGAAGAUGCCUUGAUCAUUGAUUUACUUGUCAGAAAUCCUUGUAUGAAGGAAGAUGACAUAUGCGAGCUGCUGAAAUUUGAAAGAAAGAUGUUACGAGCACGAAUAGCAAUACUGCGAAAUGACAAGUUCAUUCAGGUUCGCUUGAAAAUGGAAACGGGAUUAGACGGAAAAGCGCAGAAAGUAAACUACUAUUUCAUAAAUUAUAAGACAUUUGUAAAUGUUGUAAAGUACAAACUAGACCUCAUGAGGAAGAAAAUGGAGACGGAGGAACGUGACGCAACAAGUCGUGCGAGUUUCAAGUGCCCGUCCUGUUGCAAAACAUUCACCGAUCUUGAGGCAGACCAACUGUUUGAUCCCAUGACAUUAGAGUUCAGAUGCACUUUUUGCCGUGAGGUUGUGGAGGAAGACCAGUCAGCUCUUCCAAAGAAGGACUCGCGUCUCAUGCUGGCACGUUUUAAUGAACAGCUUGAACCACUCUAUGUCUUACUCCGAGAAGUAGAGGGCAUAAAACUUGCUCCUGAAAUACUUGAACCAGAACCUGUUGAUAUUGGCACCAUUCGAGGAUUGGAUGGUAAGAAGCCUAGUGCACCAUUACGGCCACCUGGUGAAAACUGGUCUGGUGAGGCAACAAGAACACAAGGCUUUGCUGUUGAAGAAGCCCGUGUGGAUAUCAGCAUAGGAGAAGCUGGUGCUGACCAGCGACAGGCCGCAGCAGCUCAGCGCAAAGAGCGCCCAGUCUGGAUGACAGAGUCCACUGUCAUUGGAGCUGGUGACGCAGCAAUUGGUGCUGUUGACUCUGCGACACCUGUGAUCACAGAGCCUGCAGCCGAAAAACCAUCAGCAGGCAGUAAUCGCAACCAGGAGGAUAUCAUGUCAGUUCUGCUGGCUCAUGAGAGGCGAAGCGGCGGAGCAGGGCUGUCUGGUUCAGCAGCCAAUGCUGCAGUCCGGUCUGUGUUGCCUGGUGCAUCCAGCCCAGCAAGUGACAGCAGCGGUGAUGAGCAGGUCACGGGUGCUGUGGGUACGAUGCCUGACACAAAUGAGAUUGAAAUUAUGGAUUCAGAGGAAGAUGACUAUGUUCCUACAGUCACAAUAGGAGACAAGAGUGUUCCUGUUACAGAAGUGAAUGAUACCCUUAUUGCUCAAAUGACACCAGUUGAGAAGGAAGCAUACAUACAGAUAUACCAGGAGUACUACUCUCAUAUGUAUGACUAAAAUUUGUGGGCUCUUCAUGUUAAGAGAAGGGAUCUGAAAGUGGUGUCAUUAUUGUGCUGUGAACAAGCUGAGAAGUGACAUACCUGUUAAAACUUUUGUGUACUGAAAUGAAUUUUCACAGAAUGCCAUAUAUAUAUUUCAGCCAAACUUCCACUGCUUCCAAAUAGUUUUCUUUGUAACAAUGAACUUGUUUUAUUUUUUAUAUAUGUAAGUAACCUUCCCUUUGAUGUUGUAUGAGUAGAGAUCAUUUGUUGUUCAUUAUUACUGCAGCACAUGAUCUUGAUGUUGUCCUUGUCAUGCAUGGAAGAAGAAAGCUAGCUGGUGGCUACGUAAACUGUUCUCAGCACUGUUACUAUUUCUGGAUGUGAUAAGAGUUGUGAAAAGAUUUUCUGUGAUGAAAUUUGUGAGCUACUGCUCACACUUGUCGAACAAUACAUGAGAGUCCCAUUUAAAUGAAGUUGUUAUUUUAGUAGACAAAUCAUGAUCUGUGUAAUUGUAUUUGAUAGUUGUUUACUGAAUGACAGAAUUUAAAUGUUGUGCUGACUGUAUAUUUUUGAUAUAAAAAAAAUUGAAACAUAAGAAGGUAAAAAAUGAGUGUUGUAUCAGCCUAUUCAUUUUGCCAGAAGUUUGCUGAUCUCUGUGCAUCCAUUCCGUGAAGUGUCAGCUAAAUGGUCAAUCUGUGUGAAUGAGUGAGUGAGUCCACUUGUAAAAUUACAAUGCACAGAGGUCAGUCAAAAGAAAAUUAAGAUAUUUUUUUUUCACAAGUAAUAAAAGCAACUUAUCAUCUGCAAAA